AUGCCUCGCUCCAUCUCCUACUUUACAGACCCUCGGCCGGAGGACGACAAUGAACGCCUGGCUGAAGGCGACCCGAGUCGGACUCCCGCCUCAAGAACGGCCCCUCCAUCUCCCUCUGCAUACCGGAGAAGCCACAGCCAUCUGUCCGAGCCGCAUACCAAUUAUGAGCCGCUCGACGCGCACAUGGAGAUCGGCGAGGCGACGGCCUUGUUGGACAAGGCCCAGCGAGGGAUCCCGCGGCGGUCCUACACGAAUAUGUCCUCGAACUCGCCUGAUCUUCACUUUCGACAUGCUUUGGGAAGCGGGAGCCUGCGUCGUUCACGGCACCACAGCCGCGCCAACUCGCAGGGCGUACGGGUCAGUCGUCACCCCAGCGCGGAGGGCAUCAGGCAGGACAACCUGUCCCACAAGGUGAAGGACAGCCUCGCUGCUUCAUUUAUGGAUGACCGGACCUGGUACGAUCAGUUUACCUCGACCGAUUGGGUACACGAUAGCAUCGCCGACGGCAUCCGUCUGCGGGAGCUUAAGGCCAGGAAAGACGUUCGGGGUCGCUUGCUUGCCGCGUUUGACGGCGCCCAGGGCUGGAUUCUGGUCGCCAUCAUCGGCUGCAUCACGGCGUCCAUUGCUUAUUUUGUAGAUGUGACCGAGACCUUCGUCUUUGAUCUGAAAGAAGGCUUCUGCACCCGGCAAUGGCUCUCCAAUCGAAAAACAUGCUGCCUGGGACUCGAUGAAUGUACAUCCUGGCGGUCCUGGUCGAGGAUCAUCCAGCCAUCUAGUGGUGAUGAUAGUUGGAUCGACUUUGGCAUGUUCGUCCUAUGGGUGCUCAUCCUCUCCGUCAUCUCUUGCGCCCUCACCUUGCUCACCAAGACUGUUGUCCCUUCUUCUGUCUCUCUAUCCACUUUGGAUGAGAACCUGGGAGCAGACUCCCGCGGUUCCCGCCGGGACCCAGACGGAAACUCUCCCGAAUCGGUAUCCAGCCCAAGCAGUCGUUAUGCGGCCCUGCCCAUUCGCCCGGCCAUGGUCUACUAUUCUGCGGCGGGGAGCGGCGUUGCCGAGGUGAAAGUCAUCAAUAGCGGCUUUGUGCUACAUGGCUAUCUGGGGUUGAAGACUUUGGUCGUGAAAAUAGUUGCUUUGAUAUUCAGUGUCUCGUCUGGACUGAGUCUCGGAAAGGAAGGCCCCUAUGUCCAUAUCGGCACGUGCGUCGGUAAUAUCUGCUGUCGUAUGUUCUCCAAAUACAACUACAACGACGGCAAAAGACGCGAGGUCCUGAGCGCGAGUGCCGCCAGUGGUGUGGCCGUGGCCUUUGGUGCCCCAAUUGGCGGCGUGCUCUUCAGUCUGGAGGAAGUGAGCUACUACUUCCCUCCCAAAACGCUAUUCCGCACUUUCUUUUGCUGUAUUGCCGCUGCCCUCUCUUUGAAGUUCCUCGAUCCCUAUGGGACAGGCAAGAUUGUCCUGUUUCAGGUCCGGUAUCUGAGUGACUGGAAGAUGUUUGAAAUGAUCAUCUUCAUCCUGCUUGGGGUCCUGGGUGGUGCAGCUGGCGCUCUGUUCAUCAAAGCGUCGAAUUUGUGGGCCCGUUCCUUUCGUCGCAUCCCCAUCAUCAAACGCCAGCCGAUGCUGGAAGUCGUUCUCGUCGCCCUGGUGACGGGGUUAGUCAGUUUCUGGAAUAGGUAUACGAAACUAGCUGUCUCGGAGCUGCUCCUUGAGCUCGCCAGCCCCUGCGACAGCGAGACCGAAUCGGCAACAGGUCUGUGCCCUGCCAAAGACGAUAUUGGGGGAGUCAUCCGCUAUCUCCUGGUGGCAUUUGUGAUCAAGAGUCUCUUGACGGUGAUCACCUUUGGCAUAAAACUCCCGUCUGGAAUCUACGUUCCAUCGAUGGUCGCGGGCGGUUUGAUGGGCCGCGCCGUAGGCCAUACCGUCCAGUACAUCUCUUUGAAAUAUCCUUCUUCCUUCCUCUUCCGUUCUUGCUCCGCAGCGGGAGGUUCCUGUGUGACACCUGGAGUGUAUGCAAUGAUCGCAGCCGGAGCAACUAUGUGCGGUGUCACUCGCCUCUCGGUCACCCUGGUAGUCAUCCUAUUUGAACUGACAGGCAGCCUCGACCACGUGCUUCCGUUUUCCCUGGCUAUCCUCUGCUCCAAGUGGACUGCCGAUGCGAUCGAGCCUCGCAGUAUAUAUGAUCUUUUGACUGAUAUGAAUUCGUACCCGUUUUUGGAUAACAAGCAUAAACCGCUGUCAGAUGCAGAGCUUGGCGAUAUUGUUCGGCCCGUUCGAUCCAGCCGUGUCAUCGAUAUAUCGGACUCGCCGUUUGUGCCUGCCACGGAGCUGCGUUCAAAGCUGGAACAUCUUCUUAUGGCCGGUGAAAUUGACAGCGGCCUCCCAAUCCUGCGGCACAACGCACUAGCCGGAUUGAUUCCUGCCCCGGACCUGGAAUACGCCUUGGAUAACCUGGCGGACGAGGAUAACACGCAAUGCCUGAUGACUAUGGAUGCAUCUUCUGUCCUUUACGACAGCGAUGAAAGAUCCGAGCAUGUAGACUUUACCCGUUAUAUUGACCCGGCUCCUGUUGCUUUGGAUAUCCACUCCCCAAUAGACUUGGUCUAUCAGUGCUUUACCAAGCUUGGAUUGCGCUAUCUCUGUGUCCUUCACGAGGGGCAAUACUUUGGCCUCGUGCAUAAGAAGGCAUUCGUCAAGUUUAUGAAAGACAACGAAUGA